ACUAGUCGACCGGGUCGACAAAGUUUUUUUUUCUCUACUUGGCACUACAGCUUAUUCGUCAAGUCAACAAGACAGUCACAACACAACAAGGAAAAUCAGUCUCCGGAGAGGCUUUGCCAGCAUGAAACUUUUACUGGUACUUUCGCUAGUUAGUUCCUGCACUGUUUGUUCCAUCAUGGCCAUCGAAUCGAACUGGCAGAUUCCGCAAGAGUACAAGAAACCGGCCAAGAUUCUACACAACAUGUGCGUGGCCGAAUCGGGAGCAUCGGAAGAACUGCUGCGAACAUGUAUGGACGGAUCGAUACACGGUGAUCGGGCCGUCAAGUGCUACAUUCACUGUCUGUUCGAUAAACUCAUGGUCAUCAAAGAGGACACCGGACACAUACACCUGAACCGUUUGUCCGAGCUGGCGGUGAACAGUAACAUGAAGGAAGCAUUCGAAUUUCUAACAAAGGAAUGCGGUCAUAUUGUGACGGACGAUCCCUGCCAGACGGCGUACGAAGUGGCUAGAUGUUAUUUUGACACUCAUGAUGAGGUGAUCAAAUUCUGUCAUCUGCUGGUAGCAGAUUUAGAAAUUUAAACACCGCUCAUGGAUGGAUGCUUCGACUUUGGCGAUGCUCUAAAGGAACUUUUUGGCGACUGUAAUACUGAUCCACAUUAGGGUUAGGAAAUCAACAAGCGCGUACGUACAGGAUCACCUCGCUAAUGUAAAUAGUUCUUAAUUUAAUUACAUCAUAUUAAAAUAUUUAAGAUAACAUUGAAUAUGAAGACAAUCAUACAGUCAAUAAAGUGUAACAACAAA